GGCGACAGUGCGGUAGUCCGCUGAUAAGAGUGGUGGAGAUAAAGUCCUAUCUAGACCAUGUAUUUAGUUACGGCUACAGCUUGACUGAGAUAAAUUCUCGCAACCAUGGUCCGAGUUAUUAAUUUCAAGAGAAUUAUUAUAACCGGGCUAUGUGUUUAUAUUCUUCUUACCGUCUAUUUUUUACUGUUCAUCGUUCCAAUGGACCAGGCAGAUGGUCAGUAUAAAGAAACCGGACAUUCUUGGCACCACGGUGGUAAAAGAAUUGACGUUGCAGAAAAACCCGGCGACGUGGUCAGUGAAGAUAACAGUGUUAAUUCAAGGUUGAAACGUCUCCAUGCUGAGAGGACGACAAAGCUUGUGAAACCAAAAAUUCCCGGAACCCCGAGGCCAACCAGACUGGGAACCAUCAGGCGAAGGACAGAUGACUUGUUUCAGGAGUUUGUGAAGCCAAGUAAGCAGCAUUUAAAUUUCACUGAAAUUGCCCCACAAGUUUUUGCUUUUUCAGCGUUCUUUGAUGACAGAUACGGCACGUCAUAUGUCCGUGUCGUAGCGAUAGCCCCGAGCGGUCGGGCGAAGAGAAAUACCGGCUUAUAUUGUGUGUUCAACAACAAUGAUACGACGGAGAUGGUGUAUUACGAAACGUGUGAAAACCAUCUUCAGGCCAACGCUUACUACAUGUUAUCGUGCGCAGUGCCUGAAUCGGUAGCGAUGAAAUUCGACGGAAUCAACCCUCUAGCAAUUGCCCCGUCAAAAAAUGCUAGUCCUAGUCGUUAUAAGCUUAUAAGUGUUAUUAAUAACCGAGGAAGAUUUGGAAGUGACAAUGAGAGACAAAUGGGACGUUUUGCCGUAUGUAUUCCUCCGCUUUUUGGAAAGAUUAACCCUCUACGUCUCGUGGAGUUUAUUGAACUGUCACGUCUUCUAGGGAGUAAUCAUUUUACGUUUUAUACAUAUUUUGUAUCGGAGGACGUGAUGCGGGUAUUGAAAUAUUACGAGAGACAGGGUGUUGUGACUGUCAUGCCGUGGUAUAUCCCCGUCAAGAAGAGGAUAUGGUACAAGGGUCAAUCUGCAGCCGUGGGAGACUGUCUUCUUAGAAACAUGCAUGUCAAUCACCUUGUUGCAUUCAACGACAUCGAUGAAUUCAUCGUUCCUCGUUCUAACAAGACAUGGAGUUCCUUUCUGGAGUAUCUGCAUCAGCAACAAUCGUCCAAAGGCGUUAAAACGGGGAAUAUUGCUGUUUACAGGUUUAAAAGUGCAUUCUUUGAAGUCUCAACACACGCGAAGGCCCAAAAUGUUUCCAUGGAACAACAACGAUUUCAACUGAACAUGGAUAAGUUUGUUUCACUAAGCCGGACAAGGAGGACUAAAAGAUUUAGCAGAAUACGCACAAAGAUGCUGGCAUACCCCACACGGGUAUUUGAGUUGGGUAUCCACCAUCUCAGUAAGCAGAUCAAAGAGGAAUAUUUCUGCCUCGAAGUGCAACCGGAUGUAGCCAGUUUACACCACUACCGGAUGUGUGACCGCGUGUAUGAUAUGAGUUGUGAUGAAUAUGUAGAGGACAGAACGGCUUUGAAUUUCAAAUAUUCUUUAGUCAACAACACUGUACGUGUUUUAAAACAGUUGAAAAGUACAGAGGAUUUUGUAUAAUGAUUAUUUAUAAAUUAAAUAAAGGUGAGUGUUAGGAACUAUAUGUGCAAUGACCUACACGUACUGUGGGUGACUGGCAAAACUUUAGCGCAAGCUCGAAAAUGUCUGACUGCAGAAGGAAUGGGAUUGGUGUAAGCGACUGUGAUGUUUACCCGAUGUGUAUUUGGUGUUUACUUGGUGUUAACGUGUACACAAUGUAUUUAGUUAGUUACGUGUUUCACUGUGGACUCAUUUGCAAACGCCCUUCUGUGGGGAAAUUAUCCAGCGUUAUUUAAUCUGAAGACGAGGCUUGGUUUAUUGCAUCUGGCGGACGUGGAAACGUGGUAGCAAGUUUGAUUCAAGUAAUUACAACACCACAUUGUUACCUCAUGCCUAGACAAUUGUCUCUGUACACCUGCAACGCCAAGAGCAUGUCUUUACAAGUACAACGCCUAGACUGUCUGUAAAAGUACAAUGUCUAGACUAUUUCUGUACAAGUACAACGCCUAGCGCAUGUCUGUACAAGUACAAUGUCUAGAAUAUGUCUGUACAAGUACAACGCCUAGCGUAUGUCUGUACAAGUACAAUGUCUAGAAUAUGUAUGUACAAGUACAACGCCUAGAGUAUGUCUGUUCAACUACAACGCCAAAACUAUGUCUGUACAAGUACAAUGUCUAGAGUAUGUCUGUACAAGUAUAAAGCCUAGACUAUGUCUGUACAAGUACAAUGUCUAGACUGUGUCUGUACAACUGCAAUGUCUAGACUAUUUCUGUACAAGUACAACGCCUAGCGUAUGUCUGUACAAGUACAAUGUCUAGAAUAUGUCUGUACAAGUACAACGCCUAGCGUAUGUCUGUACAAGUACAAUGUCUAGAAUAUGUCUGUACAAGUACAACGCCUAGAGUAUGUCUGUUCAAGUACAACGCCAAAACUAUGUCUGUACAAGUACAAUGUCUAGAGUAUGUCUGUACAAGUAUAAAGCCUAGACUAUGUCUGUACAAGUACAAUGUCUAGACUGUGUCUGUACAACUACAAUGUCUAGACUAUUUCUGUAAAAGUACAACGCCUAGAGCAUGUCUGAAAAGUACAAUGCCUAGAGUAUGUCUGUACAAGUAGAACCCCUAGAGCAUGUCUGUAAAUGUACAAUGUCUAGAGUAUGUCUGUAAAAGUACAACGCCUAGACUAUGUCUGUAAAAGUACAACACCUAGAGUAUGUCUGUACAAGUACAACGCCUAGAGUAUGUCUGCACAAGUACAAUGUCUAGACUAUGUCUGUCUAAAUACAACGCCUAAAGUAUGCCUGUACAAGUACAACGCCUAGACUAUGUACAAGUACAACGCCUAGACUAUGUCUGUACAAGUACAAUGUCUAGAGUGUGUCUGUACAAGUACAACGCCUACAGUAUAUCUGUAGGUCGCCGAGGGUAUGUCUGUAAAAGUAGAACGCCUGGAGUAUGUCUGUACUAAUACAGCGCCUAGACUAUGUCUCUACAACUACAAUGUCUAGACUAUUUCUGUACAAGUACAACGCCUAGAGUAUGUCUGUACAAGUACAAUAUCUAGACUAUGUCUGUACAAGUACAACGCCUAGACUAUGUCUGUAAAAGUACAACGCCAAGACUAUGUCUGUAAAAGUACAAUGUCUAGGCUAAGUCUGUACAAGUACAAUGUCUAGACAGUGUAUUCUACAGUCUCUCAAAACUACCUUCUUAUAUUCUAUGAUAGAUUAAGCUCUGAAUGAUCCUUAAUUUGGUUGCAUUACUUCAUACUAAAACUGUAUAGAGGCUACCUAUGGGGCUGCCACGGUGUCUGUAUCGCUGUAUACAAGGUUUCGGUACGAUUUCUGAAGUAUUCCUAGUCUUAGUCCGUGUUUAAUUCAUUCCACGUUUUUUGUCAACUGACGUACAAGGGUGCUUAUGGUUUCAUAUAGGUGAUGUUUUAGCAACAGGUACACAAAAGCACCCAGUGUAUACUUUUUGUAUGUCAGUUUCCUUUUAGAGCUUCUCGGCCACAUCAUGAUUCCACGGUUUUACAACCCUGUACAAUGGCAGGAGUACUUAAUGCCAAUUAACAAAUAGUAUUAUUUAAUUACUUUUAACAUUGGCACGAUAUCUCUAUCGAGUCUGUCCACGUGGUACUGUACAGUGAGUGAGUGUGGUGUUACGCUGCUUUUCGCAAUAUUCCAGCAAUAUGACGGGACACACACUGGGCUUCACACACUGCACCCAUUUUGGGAAUCGAACCCAGGCCUUUGGCGUGAAGAGAGAACGCUUUAACCUCUGGCUACCCCACCGUUCCUGGUAUAUUACAGGGAUGUGGAAGUAUGAUUCUAGACAAAAGCUCUAGAAAUAUCGGGUAAAUGCUUUCAUUUAAGUAAUUAGAUGUGUUAGUGAGUCCCCGUUGUUGUGUGUGGAUUUAUUUAGUUUAGAAACUUACUGAGGUGUAACAGGGAGCUUCACUGCUAUUUUAUAUCCUUUUGGGAAUUUUGUUUUGAGAAUGAAUUCUGUGAUUUUA